GACACAGAGCUGAAGGCCCAGCAGUGCUCCUCAUGUUCCAUGCUGUUCUUUUAGCGGACACGCCCCCAUCUUGGCUCAGGCACCCUCCGUCUAAAGAGCACAGGAGGACUGCAGGCUGCCACAGGCUGUCGACACCGGAUAACUUCACUGCCAAGGUGGAGAGGUUAUCUGUGAGAGAAAAUCAGAGGAGGAUCCCAGUAAUAGAACAUCCUACAAUCCCUCAUCAACAUGGGCGCCGUCAUCUCACGGUGGAGGGCUAAACCAUCCACUGUGGACAUUUUGGAGGGAAUCGAUAAGGAUUUACAGACUCUUGAAGAAUACAGUGAGAAGUAUCAGAGGCAGUUGAAGAUAUGGGUCGGGCGACUGCUGCUGUACUCGUCUCUUCUCUACCUGAUCACAUGUGUCGUUGUGUAUUUCUGGUACCUUCCUGAACAGAUGAUGGGACGGCUCAUACUGUCUCUUCCCUUCGUAGUAUUUCCGUUAUUAGUUUGGUUAUUUCGAAUGCUGCUUAUAAUGUUUUUUUCACGAAGAACUGAAAAAAACAAUGAAAAAUUAGAGGAUCUUAAAAUACAAAAAAGGAAAAUACUUGAAGAAGUUAUGGAAACUGAGACGUAUAAAAAUGCAAAAAUGAUUCUGGAGAGAUUUGAUCCUGAUUCCAAGAGAAAAAUUGAGCUUGAAUCCACUCCAGUUGGACCUCCGAUGACUCCAAGACAAGGACAAGAGCUUCGCCAGCGCAAUGUCAUCCCAAAGACCCCCUCAGUGGUGGUGAAUCCUGCGAGCGGAGCUGCUGCUCGCCCUCCUCUUGCCUCUGGGCCCACCUAUCCUGGACGAUCUUCCCACUCUGCUCCAGGUGGACCCCCAGAGAGGAGCCUGUCUGCUAUAGCUGCUCAGCAGAGCUUGAUGAGGAGGCCUGUGACCCCUGGAACACCUGUUCCAGGAGUCGGGAUGCACCCCCCAGGCCCGCCCCUGGCCAGACCUGUGGUCCCAAGGGAAAGAGGCGCUAUGGACAGAGUCAUUGAGUAUCUUGUUGGAGAUGGCCCUCAGAACAGAUACGCUCUCAUCUGUCAGCAGUGUCUGUCCCAUAACGGCAUGGCAUUAAAAGAGGAAUUUGAAUACGUUGCCUUCCGAUGUGCGUAUUGUUAUUUCUUGAACCCUGCGAGGAAGACUAGGCCUCAGGCACCCAGACUCCCCGAGGUCGCUGGCGAACUGAAGAUGUCAUCUGAGGCACCCGUACCUUCGGCUGCUGCUGACACGGAUGACGACCAAUCUGUUUUAGGGCAAACCAAGCUUGCGGAUGUCUCCGCUGAAACGGACACCACAGAGCCAGGCACACUAACAACCACAGAGCCCAGCUCUGCGUCCGCCGACCAAAGCACCCCGAGCACCCCGAGCACCCUAAGCACCCCGGAGUCACAAGAUCUGCCCUCUGAGAAAUCUGAUGGAGAGCAAGAUGUGUCUGCCAUGGAAGUGGAAUAAAACAGUGGAGUAACACAAGCAAGUCUUGAACUUUAUUUGUUCUUUGAAGAAAUGUGAUAAGUUAACUUAUAAGUAAAUGCCGUGAGUUGAAAUGACGCAGUAAUAAGUCAGCCUCGAUGUGUUUUUCAACUUGCAGUACAGAAUGUCCUUUCUUUUGAGAAUUGCUUUUAUAUUUCUGGCAAUAGUUAUGAAUUCAAUAUUUGGUUGCAACCACCAAAGAUACCACCAGUAUGAUUACAUGUCCAUCCCAUUCUUAGAACGUCUUAUUUAGAGCAAUAAGGGAUAUGCAACAUUCAUUUAUUUUGUUUUUGAUUCUAUUAUUGUAGAAGAAAAGUCUUUUCACGUGUUUUCUUUAUUUUCCAGAUUUUAUUAUUUUUGGCUGAAUUUCUAACAGUAUUCUAUUUGGGUUCAUUGGAAACUGCAGAAACAAAACAAUAUUUUGUGGGGAAAAUAAUAUUUUAUUUAUGGGAAAUUAUUUAUAAAUAUUUUUUCUAUAAUGCUGUGCCUUUCAUGACAGUGUUGUCUGGGGUACUCUGCAGCACGGUGGUGCUAACAACAUGUUUACAUAACCAUGGUACCGUAAUAGGAAUGCCCACAUACAGUAUGUAUUUAUUGCUAAAAUGGAGGAAAGGAGAUUUAUGUCCGUACUGUGCACCUGCCCUAAGUGCCUUUUUUAUAUUUUAAGGCUAUGCUUCACAGUGUUGUCGAUGAAAGCUAUUUACAUAUAGACAAUAAAGUAAUUUAACUGUUUACAGACUGUAUCUGUUUGCUUAAUGUCUGAAUUCCUGUCUUGUAUAAAUACAAAUAAAUAAACCUUUAAGAACA